AACAACAACACGCGAAAAUUUCACUCGCGGUUCAUUGAUUAUCCAAUCGCUUUUUCAACGAAAAAAACCACGUUUUGUGAAAUGAACUGCAAUUUUGAAACGAAAGACUCAAGUAAAGAAGGCUAAAAGCUUGCAAUAUUGCUCUGGGAACGCCUGCGAUUUCAAACCCAAACCCAAAUCAACAGUCGCGCAUUCGCAACAAGGUGAGCAGCUUGAAAUGUGCCUCUUAUAGUUCUUAUUUACAAUCUGGAAUGGUUUGAGUUACUACGAGACACUAAAGGAAUGAUGUCUUCGCUCGUUCAACUUAUCCUUGUUUUGGCCUUCUGCCUCAGUCUUCACUUAUCAUGCAGCACUGGUCUGUCGUUUACGAAGAAACCUCCAUCCCAAUUAUUGGCAAGUUUGGGGUCUGACGCCAUUUUCCGUUGGGAGUUUACCUUUGGUGACGUGGGUGACUUGAAUGCCUCUAUUUCUGUCGUUUGGGGGAAUGCGUAUAAUUACGGUUUCUUUCGGAACAAAUUCAUAACAGUAACGCCACCAAGAAAAUGGGAGGUGAACACGAAACAAGUUUCCUCGUCUAUUACAUCCAGGCUUCAUUGGAGUGGAAAUUUCAAUAAAAAUGAAAGCUUACAAGUGUUUACAUUACGAAAUGUGAGCAAAUCAGACAAAGAUUUUUUUGUCUGCAAAGUGUUCAAUAGGUGGAGUGGUUCUGAGUUAAAGAGUGACCUGGUAGAACUCCUCGUACGGGUUCCACCAAGAAUUAUCACAAAGCCAAAUGAGAGAGUCGAUGUGGAAGAUGGGGACACGGUCAGCCUAGAGUGUGACGCAGUAGGUGACCCACCUCUCUCUAUCACAUGGCAAAACAAUGGUAAAGUAUUAAAGCGGGGAAACACAAGUAUAGUUUUACAAAUUCCCAAUGUACGACUUAAAGAUGGUGGCACCUUCACCUGCAAUGCCACAAACCAAGCUGGAUUCGAUUUUCAUCGCGUUAAAUUACGAGUUGUAAGAUAUAGACCCCACAUCAACAAAACAGCUUCAACAAGUCCUUUUACGAAAUCAUGGCUCGAUCACAACUCAACUCUACAUUGCGCAUUCUACGCCAAUCCUGUUGCGAACUUGACUUGGUUUAAAGAUGGCCGGCAGAUCUUAGAAGGAGUGCAUUCGACGCAUGACGGUAGCACACUGACGCUGACACCGAAAACUUUGGGUGACUUCGGUUUGUACUCGUGUAAUGCAACCAACAAGAAAGGAACUACUUGGUAUCACAUUACCGUAGAACAACUUCAUUCACCUGGCCCACCUAAGGUUCAUAAAAUUUCACCAAACGUGUUGGAAUUAAACGUCACGUGGAACACAUCUAUUGAAAAUGGAGGCAGUGACAUACUGGACUUCAUGAUAACAUUACUGCAUGUCAAUGGAAGUAUAGUGAAGAGUCAAAACGCAAUUAAAGAAACUUCAUUCGACCUCAAACAUUUGAGCCAAAACAGAACAUACAUAGUCAUGUUACAGGCAAGAAACAUCGUUGGUUAUGGAGAGUCAGAAAAUAUCACUGUUACAACGCUUGUAGCAGACCUACCUGGUCCACCAGUCAUAGAGGCCCUCAGGGCAGGAGUCCUCUCAUUAAACAUUUCUUGGUAUUCCCCAAUUAAACACAACAGCAUUGAGGUAUUCGACUACAGAAUACAAGUCUUGGAUGGUAUCACCCAAAAACUAAUAAAGCAAUAUGCAAGUAUCCCAGCAACGUCAUUGGUAAUUAAGAAUCUGAAGAAAAACAGCUCAUAUACAAUUGAGAUAGAAGGAAGGAACGAGGUUGGUUACGGAGAGGCCGCUAAAUUCAUUGGUAUCACUCUUCCUCAAGGACCUCCUGAUUCACCUUCAAUAUCGAGCCCUACCGUCAAUGGAAAUAACUGCUCAUUGCAAUGGCUGGAGCCAUACGAUGGAAAAAGCCCGAUCACGAUGUAUACUUUAUAUGUCUGGAAAAUCAACUUUUCUUCAGAUGAUUCACUUUCCUUGAAAAUAUUCAAAACCUUUAACACCACAGAGACAUUUUCUGCAAAGCUCAAUCUUGAAUGGAAUCAAAAUUAUACAGUUGCAGUGUCAGCAUGGAACAAAUACGGUGAAGGUUCCUCUUCGUCAAGGGAACUUUGUCAGAUCGGAAGAAAUCCGCAAGUAACAACCACAACUACUAUACCGAGCACUGCCAAUACCUUUACUACCAUUCGCACACAGGAUACAGAAGCAGCCUCCCCAGCGGGCACUACAGGUGCUUCAACGAUGACUUCUACAACUGAGUCAGAAGACACCAUGGAAACCAACAACACCGCGGUGGAAGACAACUCAAUCAAAUUUGAUCAUCUUCUUCUGAUAUGGAUUGCAAUUCUGGCAGUGAUAGUAGCAGGUUUUCUACUGUUGCUUUGGAAAGCCACACAAAAGAUAAGGAAGUGCAGAUAUCAAAGAAAAACAAACCACCUCAAAGAGAGAGAACUGGGCAAUGCCUCUACGAUAUCUUCAUCGGAAGAACUGAAAGAAAUACCGGUUCGAAACCAGUAUGAGAGCAUAGAAAUUUUAGAGGUUCACUACAAUGGUGGAUAUUCUUCAGAAGAGUCGAAAAACGUUGAAGAGAGUGUCCCCGUGACUCACCACUAUCAUGUCGCGCGAGGUCUUUCAGAAUAUAACCAUCUGCACGAAACUUCCGGUUCUCCCCGGUCAAAACAAUCCAAAAAUACAAGAAACAAACAGAGACAGGAAAUUGGGGAGUAUUCACAUCUCUCUCGAGGUGAAUCACUGGACAAGGAACGUAACCGGUCUCAGUUACCUAAUGUAUCAUUUAUGGUUCCUUCGAGGCGUCAUUGGGAAAUCUCAAGGGACAGAUUAAGGAUUGAAUCUACCAUUGGCCGAGGAGAGUUUGGCCUUGUUAAGAUAGGUUAUGCACUGGAUGUUACCAAUGACGGUGGAUGGAGCGUCGUCGCAAUAAAAACAUUGAAAGAUAAUGCGAGUGAAUCUCAUCUGAAAGACUUGCUAUCCGAACUCAAGGUCAUGGAGGAACUCUCACCACAUAAACACGUGGUACAACUUCUGGCUUGCAUCACAAAAUCAGAGCCUCUCUGUGUGAUCACAGAAUUUGCGCCUUAUGGAGAUCUGCUGGGCUUCUUGAGGAAGAAACGGGGCUUCAAAGACGAUUACUAUAGUAUUCAACAGCUUCCCAGCAUACGACUUACCUCACGUCAGCUUAUGACGUUUGCGUGGCAGAUUGCCGACGGAAUGGCGCACCUCAGCGCAGCGAAGAUUAUUCAUCGUGACUUGGCAGCCAGAAAUGUCCUUUUGGGAGAAAAUUUGACAUGUAAAGUUACAGAUUUUGGGAUGGCACGGAACAUUCAUGAGAGGGGCAUGUACCAAAAAAGCUCUGAGGGACGUCUACCAGUGAAAUGGACAGCUUUGGAGGCGUUAGAACAUGGACAAUAUACAACAAAAAGCGACGUAUGGAGCUUUGGGGUGCUUGUCUUUGAAAUAGUCACUAUUGGUGGCCGCCCAUAUCCCGGCAUGGACGCAGCAGAGCUCGUAGAGAAAUUGCGAAGGGGCUACAGAAUAGAAAAGCCGCAGCAUUUAGACGAAAAAGUAUAUGACCUAAUGCUCUCUUGUUGGAAUGAAGAUCCUGAAAAGCGAUUGACGUUUGGACAACUUUACAGGGCUUUAAAGCAACUGGACGAGGAGAUGGAGGACUGUGUCAAUCUGACAACAUACAAUGGAAGAGUCUACGAGAACGUUUAAUGCCACUGAGAUAGAAACUGGCCAUGUUUUAUCACUGGUGCAAGACAUCGCAGAUCGCAAAACUCCUGUUUGGAAUGCGUUCGGUGGUGCUGCCAUGUUAAAUAUUGACAGAACACGAAUGCCAGUGUAGAAAUUAAGAGAACUGAGAAAUUACGGUACCGUUAUAUAUGACUAACAAUGUAGUUAGUUUACCUUUGAGGAAACUAUGGAAAUCAUCAAUGUUAAGAUGUUAAAAACAAAAUCAACAUGUCGUAGUUGCCAGGCAGAAAGGUUUAUCAUGUCUGGCAUUUAUAAACAUUUUAUUGACUUAUAACGAGUCUUGAUACAGGUUCAACUGAGUCCAUGAUUGGUGUAGGAAAUUUGCUCCUCUUUCACAGCCAAUCACUUGCAGAGCUCAAACAAAUCGCGAACUGUCGCUCCCCGUUUCCUCCGCUUGGGGUCGCAAAUUGUAUUUACUCUGAGCCACCUCGCGAAGCUUCACGUGUUAUUUAUCUUCAAUUUGAUCGAUCAUUUGUGUUACAUUAUUUCGUUUUUACGACGCUUAAUCGGGAAGCACUCUGAAUCAGGCGGCGUGUAUUAAGGCUGUCAUCUGGAUUUUUAAGAAAUUUGUACCCCAUCCCUGAGAAAUCAAAUCAAUUUUGCAAAUUUGUUGAAAGUUUAAGCUUCGAUAGCUUUGAAAGUGAUAGCUUUGACUCCCUAACAAUAUCAAUGGACCUAUCAGAUAACAAAGAAAAAGAUGGCUGGAAAAUGCCCGUUGAUGAAGGACAUAUCUUAUUAGACGUUUUUUUGUGUAUAGUUUCGCUGAGUAUUUUUUACGAGUUGUGCGAUAUUUUACAC